AAAUCCUUUCAACUUGUUAUUCAAGAACAACUGAUUUUGGUUGAAUUUGUGUUGAAUUUGCUUCGCUGGUGGUAAAUUGUUUUGAUUGUUAAUUAAGUUAAUUUCCAAUUAUCACCAUGGCUUUAGCUGGUUUAAAGAAACAAAUUAACAAGGCUAAUCAGUAUAUGAGUGAAAAAAUGGGUGCCGUUGAAGGCACCAAGUUCACUGAUGACUACCAUGAAAUGGAAAAGAAAACUGAUGCGACUGUUGAAUUAGUCGACGAGAUGAUUGUUAAAACAAAAGAGUAUCUCCAACCCAAUCCUGCCACUAGGGCCAAACUUACGGUUACUUCGAAGGUUCAAUCAGCCAAAGGACAUGCAUACAAUCAACCAGAAGGAAUUCUCGGUGAAUCAAUGAUUAAAUAUGGGCGUAAAAUGGGAGAGGAAAGUGAUUUUGGCCAAAGUCUCGUUGAAAUGGGAGAAGCUCUUCGACAAAUGUCUGAGGUCAAAUUCGCUCUCGAAGAUAAUGUGAAACAGAAUUUCCUAGAACCAUUAACUCAUCUACAAACUAAAGACAUUAGAGAUGUUUUGCAUCAUCGAAAGAAACUUGAAUCUCGACGAUUGGACUUUGAUUGUAAGAAACGGAAAAAACGCUCAGGAGGCCAUGUUACCGAAGAAGAUAUUAAAACGGCGGAAGAUAAAUUCGAGGAAUCAUUUAAUUGCGCUUCCAUGGGAAUGCACAAUUUACUUCAAAAUGAACCCGAACAAAUUUCACAAUUGGUAGCACUAUCAGAGGCACUCUUCGAAUACCAUUCCCAGUGUGCCUCCAUUUUGGAAAGUUUGACAUCUCGACUUGCUGAUCAGAAACGGAUAUCCGCUGAACAACCAAUUAAACCUUAUGUGCCCAAAAAGAUUGAGGAAAUUCAGCUUCCACAUCAUGAUGAUCUUACUCCUGGAGGAGAGACACCAGGACACACCAAUGGUUCAAAUAUUUUCUAUUCUCAUUUCAACAAUUAUUCUGCUCACCUUAAAAACGGUAAAACCGUAACCAACGUAAAUCAUAAUACUCCAGCUUCUCCUGCAAGGUCUCCGGCCACUUCUCCGACGAAACCUCCUUCGUCACUUCUGUUGAACUGUCCCACUAACGGAGCUAACUCUAAAUCUCCCAAUGCAUCUCCUUUACCAUCGCCUGUCCGUUCUCCAGCUCGAACACCGGUCAGCCGAGGUCCAUGUUGCCAAGCAUUGUACGAUUUUGAUGCUGAAAAUCCUCGAGAAUUGGGAUUCAAGGAAGGAGAUAUCAUCACAUUGAAUCAAAAACUGGACGACAAUUGGUUCGAAGGAACCAUUAAUGGAAAAACUGGAAUCUUCCCAAUUAGUUAUGUUCAAGUUUUAGUUCCAAUUGGACAACAAUGACACCACUUAAAGACCACGGAGUUUGUCAUUUUUUUAUGUUUAGUUUUGGAAUUGAAAUCAACGCUUUACUUUUCGCCUGCUGAUAUACAAAAUUGGAUUUGAAAUUUAGUCAUUGAUCCUUAAUUGUUGAUUUUACUUUGCAAAGACUUUUUUGAUUUUCCUGCUUUCGGGACAAUUUACAAAACCAAACAAAAAAUUACGAGAUUCAAAAUUUCAACGAUAACUUGAAAUCACAAAAAAAAAUUAAACGAGUGACAAUUGAAAACUUUGAAAAUGGGAGACACAAACAUCCAAUCCAAUACAACCAUUAAUUUCACCACAAAAACAAUAACAAUUAAUGAUAAUACAAAGCAAUAGGAGGGAAAAGAGGAUAGAAAUUGAAGAUUUACAUUACCCACCAUCGAAUCCACCACAGAAAAUCAAUGUACAUAAAAGUUAAGAAAGCAAACCAACCAAAAUCAUUCUCACAUCAAUUUGGAAAUGAAUUUCACCCUUGGAGAUAAUUUUUUCUCUCCUCAUCUCUGUGUCUUGUUAUCCUUUUCAUCUUCAUCUCUGAAUAUGAAUCUACCAUGAAUUAUUGUUAACUAUUGAAAAUUUUUCCCUCUUCCUGUUAAUUGUACUACUACAAUCAUCAUCUUUCACUGUCAUCAUCAUCAUAACCAUCGUCAAAACUCAACUGAUUGUAAAUAGAUGAUCAGAUUAUUAGUUAAAUUGAUUUUUUGUUACCUCAAUUGAUUUUAUUUUCAAUUUCAAUUGAGAUGAAGUAAUUGAAAAUAAUACAAAGUUUACCUUCACCUAAUAUUAUAAUACAAAGUGGGUUAACUUACCCACUCCACUUAACUCCUCUUACAAUGUAUCAAACUUAUGCCAAUAGUUAAUCAUCAGAUUAUUUGAUUAACUUGUCAACUCAAAUUUGAUUAAUUUGAAAUCUCUUCCACCUCCUCCUCUUCCUCCUCCUUACAUGUUGAUGAUCUUGGAUAAUCAAAUAACCUCAAUCAUAUGUUUUAUAAUUUAUAACUGUUACAUUUAUUGUUUUGUUUUUCCACCUCCACCUCCACCAAAACCCACCGAGUGCUGCUAAGUCAAACUAAUAUCAAUCUAAUUUAAUUGUUGUUUUUAAAAACUCCCAACUGAUUAUUGUAACACUUAACUAUAAACUUGAACCACCACCCCAAGGACAAAAUCGUGACAUUUUCUCAAUCAAUACCAACAAUUUACUCCGAUUUGUGUAACAACCUCUGGAAAAAUUAAUUGUUAUCAUUUUUCUUCCUAUUCUUUGCCAUUAUCAUUAUCAUCAUCAUGUUCAUCAUUCAACAAUCUUCAGGUACACAAGUGAUUUUUUUGUGUGACAAUAUUUUUCUCAUUCAUCAAAUCAUCAGAUCAUCAUUCAAAUUGGUUUGAUUAACAAAUCAGCUCAGAGCUAUAAUUCAAAUCGCCUAAAAAAAUGAUUUAAUGAAAAAAAAAGCUAUAAAAGAACCAAAAAAAAAACAAUAACAUCAACACAUUAUCGUCAAGAAAACAGACUAAUCAACUGAUUGUAAUUGUCUGUGCAUUGAGAUGGAUAAACAACAAUUAACAAUAAUCAACAAACAAUAUUUUGAGAGCAUCUUUUUGGCAAUAUUUAAAUAAUAUCAAUUGGAAAUUGAUAAAUUAUAUUAUUACAAUUAGUUUAAUUUGAAUGAUAUUUUGUGGAAUUGCUUGAAUUUUCACUUUCUUUUCCUGUCAAUUUGUUCACAAUCAAAAUAAAAAUCUUGUCCUUAUAUUAAUUAUGAUUAAUAAACAAAUGAACACACAA